UCUUUAUUUAUUUAUUUAUAUACUUCUCUUUAUUCGAAUGCAAUUCUUGAAAGAAAAAUAAUGAGUGCCGGGGAAGUUUCUGUUGAAUGUCGUAUACAAAAUUUGGAUGGAUCACCUGGAACAGCAAGUGCUACUACUCUGAAUGAACAAGCACCACCAAAUCCUAUUAAACCUCCUCUGAAGAAAUCUGCUAAAGAUUUCCGAUUUGGGAAAGUCAUUGGAGAAGGAUCUUUUUCUAUGGUUUAUUUGGCAAAAGAUAUUCACUCUAACAAAGAAUAUGCAAUUAAGGUAUGUGAAAAGACGCAUAUUCUUCGGGAAAAGAAACAGAAAGCUGUUAUGAGAGAAAAACAGAUUAUGAACAUAUUAAAUAAUCAUCCUAGCCCUUUUUUCAUUAAAUUGUACUGCACAUUUCAAGAUGCUGAUAGAUUAUAUUUUGUAAUGAAUUAUGCAAAACAUGGAGAACUUUUACCGUACAUAGUAAAAGUUGGCUCAUUUGAUGAAGAAUGUACUAAAUUUUACACAGCAGAAUUAGUUUUGGCAAUCGAGCAUCUUCACAAAUUAAACAUCAUUCAUCGAGAUUUAAAACCAGAAAAUAUACUGUUAGAUGAAAAUAUGCAUAUUCAAAUAACUGAUUUUGGUUCAGCAAAAGUCAUCAGUACUGAAAAUAGUGACUCUUCAAGUAGUGAAAAUACAAGAAGUAAUUCAUUUGUUGGAACUGCACAAUAUGUUUCACCUGAAAUGCUGAGUGAUAAAAGUGCUUCUCCCAGUGUGGAUUUAUGGGCCUUGGGUUGUAUUGUAUAUCAAAUGGUCUCAGGUCUUCCCCCAUUUCGAGCUCCAAAUGAAUAUUUAAUAUUUCAAAAGAUUACAAAAUUAGAAUAUGAUUUCCCAGAUGGUUUUUUACCUCCUGCUAAAGACCUUGUCGAGAAGUUAUUGGUCCUAGAGCCAUCUCAACGUAUUGGUUCAAAUGAUACAAAUGGCUAUCCUUCCAUUCGAAACCAUCCUUUCCUUUGUGAUAUUCCUUGGGAAAAUUUACAUGAGCGUAAUCCCCCUAGAAUACUUCCAUAUUUACCAGGAACUUCUAGUAAUGAAGAAUUAAGGAGCCAAUAUCAAGUUCCAGAUAAUAUAGUGCCUGGCUUAGAUGACAAACAAAUGACAAGACUUUUUGGCUUACAGCUGGAUGAGGAAACUGUAGAAGCUGCUGCAAGACCUGUCCAGAGACCUUCAAUUUUAGAUAUAUCACCAGAGGAAAUGACCAAGAGGUUAGAAGAGCAAGAAAAGCAUAAUGAGUAUCAUAAAUUUGUUCAAGGCAAUCUCAUUUUAAAACAGGGUAUAGUCGAGAAAAGAAAGGGACUGUUUGCUCGAAGACGAAUGCUACUUUUAACAACUGGUCCACAUUUAUACUAUGUUGAUCCGGCUAGUUUUGUACUUAAAGGUGAAAUACCAUGGUCACCUGAACUUCGACCUGAAUCAAAGAAUUUUAAAAUUUUCUUUGUCCACACUCCAAAUCGUACAUACUAUUUAGAAGAUCCUGAAGGAUUUGCCUUGAAAUGGGUGUCUGCAAUAGAAGAUGUUCGUAGGGCAACGUAUGCCCAAGGCUCAUAACCAUGGAGUUUUAUAGAAAUUAUUUUCAAAUUUGUUGAAACAUUAAUUUUGUACAUUUAAAAGAGGUCGUUAGCAUUUUUCCUUCUAAAUUUUCAUCUGUGACAUGUUACUAAGAGCUGGUACUCUAAAAUGAGUGUGUGUAUAGUAACUUCUUCAUUUAAGUAUUUUGUAUCAUUUAUUUAUUUUUUAGUGUUUCGAUACUUUCUCCACUGUGAUUUGUCUUAUACUUAAAAUAAUUUGGUUAACAUUUGUCACUAUCUUAACGAAUGUUACAACGAAUAAUAAUUUUUUUCAGAUAAAUCAGCAAUAGAAAUUACAAUGAAAACUUUUAAUCUCCAGUUGUUAUCUGUAAAUAAAAACAGUAAGAAUAUUUUGCAUUUUUCUCAUCCACAAUGAAUAGAGAAAGAAAGAUAUAUUUAAUAGCAUUUAAUUAUGAAUUUUUUUUAUGUAUGAUAAAUUAAUAAAUAGUCGUGUCUACUUAUACAGGUACUUUCUUAUUAAGUUCUCUUACUUUGAAAGUAUUUUUAAAAAUGCUUGAAAUUCAGAUAAACUGGCAUGUUUAUUUUCAUCAAAUAAAAGUGGGAAUUGUUGUUUUGAAUAAAAACAAAAAUAUUAUGUUUCUUAUUUUUAUAAUGUAUGCAUUGUGAUAAACUAAACCAUUUUUGAUAUAGAAUAAUUAAAUUAUGCAGAAAGCUGUAAAAUUUGUUUUGGAAUAGCAUUUUAAUAAAAAUAGUGAUAGCUGGAACAUUUAUGGAAAAAUCAUCUUAAAAAUUACCCUUAUGUUUCUUACCGUCAAAUAUUUUUAAGAUUUAUAUUAUGAAACUGUAUUUCUGAGUAUCCUUUUUAAUUUUAAAUGAAGGUAAUGGGUUCUUUAAAAGAUUAAUUUUUUAUUUAUAAUUAUGAAAUUAAAAUCAGUUGGAAUAUUUACUUUUCGGAAUAUGAAUGUUUUUUUUUUGUUGUUGUUUUUUUUAAUUGCUGAAAUUUUUUUUAAGUUUUUGCUAUCCAGUUUAAUACAAAUUUUUCAUCAGUUGUUAAUAUAUUAGAAAUCAUUAUAAUAUAAAUGGAAACUAAUGUUUCACCUUUCUUGAAAUAAUGAUGCUUGAACAAAUGCUAUCUAUCACUUGAUGCAAAAGCUAGAUUGAAACACAUUUGUCGAAAAUUGUAAACUAAUUUUCAAGAAGGGUUAUUAAAUUAUGCUGACUGUUAUUGUACUUUAGGAAAUACUUCAGUUAAUUAAAUAAAAAAAAAUGUUUCUAAUUAUAUGUUUUUAUUAAAAUGAUUUUCCCCCCUUUUUUAAUAAUAAUUUUCAUAGGCUAGAACAGAACUCUUCUUUAUCUGUGGAACUUAUUUCUCUUGUUUGUAAAGCUAUAAAAUUUUGAAUUUAUGACUGUUUACUGUAUGCUUUAAUGAAUUACAUUUUAGAAAUUUAAAAAUAUUUUUAUUUCUCUGAACCUUUAUGCAAUGAAGUUUUUCAAAAGUAAACAAAAUAUUUUUACUGUUCUUUAAAUAGCAUUGAAAGAAAUUAUAAAAAUGUAAGUUUUUUUAUUUUUGGGUGCUUAGUUUUCCUGCUAAUCCAUAAAUAGAUUAGAAAUUGUUUUCCUUUUCUUUCACUCUAUAUUUUUUUCCUGGAUUGAACCUUACUUUGAAAAUAAAUAAGUUCUGUCAAAGGUGUGUUAUUUUCUGUAAUGUUUAAAAUUUAUUUUGUUUAUUUGAAACAAUAACCUAUGUUGUAACUGUGACUUCCCUUUAAUAUUUAACUGAAAUACUUAAAUUAAUACCUUUAAACUCAAGUUUCUAUAUUAAUAAUGUUUGUGUAAUGUUUUGCUUAUAUUCUCCUGUUAAUUUAUUAUUUUAUAAAAAUGACAAACUCUUAAAUAUAUUUGUCUUUUUUCAUUUGUUAAAUAAACUGUUAAUAUGCAUACAAAUAAACUAUAAGUGUGAUUCAAUAUAAAGUUGAUUUUAUUCUGUGCUAACAAAUCUGAAAUCAGAUGUUUACAUUUUAGUUCUGUUUUUUUUUUAUGAUGUUAUUGAUAUUAUUUUAUGAUUUAAAAAAAAACUUGAACACCAUGUGAUUUUAUUUAUUAUUUUUGAUUAAAAAUAUUUAUUGAAUUCUUUUUUAUUAGUUGAUUUCUCAUAUGAGAAAUUAGUUUUCAUUUCUAAUUUAUGUAUUUCACUUAAGCUUUGUUGUGUUUCCUUUCAUCUGCAAAGCUAUGUAAUGUAUCGGUUAUCACAAAAUCUGUCUGUUAUAGACUAUGUAGUUUUAAAAAUACUUAUUUGCUAUUUUAAAAUGUCUUCUUAUGUAUAUAGAGAUCCGUAAUUCUCCUGUUCCUGUUUGAAGAAUAAAUCAGUACAUUAAUAUUUUGAA